AUGCGUGGCUUUCUGGUAACGCUCGGUCUCAUAUUCCCGGCUUUGCCGGCGACUGCGCAAGUGGCACCCGUCGUUACUGAGACGGGAGUGUCUGCGCAUCCGUUCGAUAUCAACCAAGUUUCGCUUACGAGCAGCCGGUAUAUGGCCAACCAGAACCGCACCAUCAACUACCUGAAAUGGGUCGAUACCAACCGUCUGCUGUACAACUUCCGCGCCAACCACAAGUUAUCCACAAACGGCGCCGCGACGAACGGAGGCUGGGAUGCUCCCGAUUUCCCCUUCAGGACCCAUAUGCAAGGCCAUUUUCUCACCGCUUGGGCGCAAUGCUAUGCGCAGCUGGGAGACACUACAUGCAGAGAUCGGGCUACGAGUUUUGUCGCAGAGCUCCUCAAAUGCCAGAAUAAUAAUGCCGCCGCUGGCUUUGGUGCCGGGUACUUGUCUGGCUUCCCCGAAUCCGAGUUCACGAAGCUGGAAGCAGGCACUCUUACGAACGGCAACGUGCCAUACUACGCUAUCCACAAGACCUUGGCCGGAUUGCUCGAUGUCUAUCGCUGGAUCGGGGAUGCGAACGCCAGGACGGUUCUGCUGGCAUUUGCAGGCUGGGUUGAUACGCGGACGAGCAAGCUGAGCUACGAUCAGAUGCAGAAGGUCAUGCAGACUGAAUUUGGAGGCAUGAACGAAGUCAUGGCGGAUAUUUACCACCAAACGGGCGACACGCGAUGGCUUACUGUGGCGCAACGCUUCGACCACGCUGCAGUCUUCAAUCCUCUGGCGUCGAACCAAGAUCAACUAAAUGGACUCCAUGCAAACACGCAGAUACCAAAGUGGAUCGGCGCAGCUCGCGAAUACAAAGGCACAGGAACAUCGAGAUACGCCGACAUCGCACGGAAUGCCUGGAACAUGGUCGUGAACGCGCACUCCUACGCGAUCGGCGGCAACAGCCGGUCAGAGCACUUCCUUGGACCCAACGCCAUAAGAGCAUAUCUUAAGUCCGACACCGCCGAGGGCUGCAACACGUACAACAUGCUCAAGCUCACGCGCGAGCUCUUCGCCAUGGAUCCGUCCAACACCAAGUACUUCGACUUCUACGAGCGCGCGCUCAUCAACCACAUGCUCGGGCAGCAGAACCCCGCUACAGACCACGGCCACAUCACGUACUUCACCCCGCUUAACCCCGGUGGGCAUCGUGGGCUGGGGCCUGCUUGGGGAGGAGGGACCUGGAGCACGGACUACGAUUCCAUGUGGUGCUGCCAGGGCACGGGCAUAGAGACGAACACGAAGAUGCAGGACUCGAUAUAUUUCUACGACAGCUCAUCGCUCUACGUGAACCUCUUCACGCCGUCCAAGCUGAACUGGAAGGCUCGCAGUGUUACGGUCACGCAGUCGACGACCUUCCCUGCUAGCGAUUCUACGACUUUGACUGUGGAGGGCGGAGGCACGUGGGUGAUGAAUAUUCGCAUUCCGGCGUGGACUUCGGGGGCCACUAUCGCUGUCAACGGCGCAACUCAGUCCAUCAGCGCAAAUCCCGGCACUUAUGCAAAGCUCUCGCGCACCUGGAGCUCAGGAGAUACUGUUACUGUUAAGUUACCAAUGCGCUUACGCCUUGUGCCGGCCAAUGACGAUCCCACUGUAGCUGCGCUCGCCUUUGGACCGACUAUUCUGUGCGGUAACUACGGAAGCAGCACGUUAACUACGGAGCCGAAGCUUGACCUCGGGUCCGUGAAGCGUAGUGGUACUUCUGGCCUUUCCUUCACAGGGACAGCGGAUGGGAAGGCAGUAAACAUCGGGCCGUUUUACGAGGCGCAGGGCUUCAAUUAUCAGGUGUACUGGGUCGUUAGUGGAUCGUUGCCGAGCUAG